AUGUAUCUAAAUGGAUCUGUAUUUCCACUUGUCUUGACUUUGUACUCUUUGGAAAUCCCUCAAACAAGCAUUUAUCCAGCAUUCAUGUUUGGAAUGAUAACAUACUUGUUUAUCUUACUCUGCAAUCUAACAAUUGUUUCCACCAUUUGCUUGAACAGGAAUCUUCAUAAACCAAUGUACAUUCUGUUGCUUAACAUGCCUAUCAAUGAUGCUAUGGGUGCUACAAGCCUUUUUCCUCAGCUUCUGUAUAGUAUAUGGUCUCAGGACAGAUCAAUAUCCUACCCUGCAUGUUUGCUUCAAGGCUUUAUUAUACACUUAUAUGGUGGGGCAUCAUAUGUUAUUCUUACUGCUAUGGCCUAUGACAGGUAUGUCGCUAUCUGUUGCCCAUUGAGAUAUGGAGCCAUUUUGACAACCAAUAAUUUGGUGAAAAUCAUAACUGGGAUGUGGUUUUUUCAUUUUAGUCUCAUAAUUGUACUUUUCUCUCUUCUUCUGCCUCGUCAGGUUUGCCAGACAUACAUGGCAGAUCUUGUCUGUUAUAAUCCAUCUAUAAUGAAACUUAUGUGUGAAGAUACAAAAGUUAACAAUAUCUUUGGAUUGUUUAUCCUGGUUUUAUACCACAGCCUUUCACUUUCUGUUUUGGCAUUUACAUACAUUAAUAUACUAAUCAGCUGUGUUACUAACAAGCAGUCCGAUGCAAAGAUUAAGGCACUUCAGACAUGUGGUACUCAUUUGGUCGUCUUCCUUUUCCUAGAGUUUAACACUCUUUUUCCUCUUGUUGCACAUCGAUUUGAUAGUGUUCCAGAUCACCUACGCAGGGUGUUUUCUAUAUCAGUUCUUGUGUUCCCUCCCCUUGUGAAUCCACUCAUUUAUGGUUUUAAAACUAAAGAGAUCAGACUGAAAGUUCUCACCUGUUUUAAGAGGAAGAUAAUCAGUGUCUGAACAAUUAUUCUUUUCUCUGUUUUUGAUACUGUCUUCCUUUCAGAGAUGUGAGUUGUUUUCAAUCACCCAUAUGUGUUUAUUUAUAGACAGUUGUCAAACAUGCAACAUUUAAAAUCUCACAAAAAUAAAUGGUUCAGUCAUUAAACUCUAUUCACAUUCUGAUUGAUUCAGCCAAUUGAUUUUACCCAAAGGAUACACUUUAUGUGUACAGUCUACCUCUAGUAGAAACAGAAUGUUUCCAGUAAUUUUAUGUUUUGAGCAUGGCAGAAGCAAUUCAUACUUGCUCUGCAGCAGCAGCGUAUAGCAGAU